AUGCACAGAACAUAUUCUUUGAGAGCUCAAAGAGCCCCAACUGCUUCUCAGCUGGCAAGCCCUGCCCCUCCCCCUUCUACCACCAGAUCCAAAUUUUUCGGCAAAGCGUCUAUUGCUACUUCGUUCCGUAAGAACGCCGCAGGCAACUUCGGACCUGACCUGGCUAGAAAGCUAUCGCAGCUUGUCAAAACCGAAAAAGGCGUUCUCAGAGCUUUGGAAGUGGUCGCCAUCGAGCGUCGUGCUGCUGCCAAGCAAUUGUCCCUAUGGGGUCUAGACAAUGACGACGAUGUCUCUGACGUCACUGACAAGCUUGGUGUUCUGAUCUACGAGUUGGGUGAACUUCAAGAUCAGUUCAUUGACAAGUACGACCAGUACCGUUUGACUCUCAAGGGUGUCAGAAACAUUGAAGCUUCUGUGCAGCCUUCCAGAGACCGUAAACAAAAGAUCACGGACGAAAUCGCUCGUCUAAAGUACAAGGAGCCAACUUCUCCAAAAAUUCCUGUUCUGGAGCAGGAACUCGUUCGUGCUGAGGCUGAGUCUCUUGUUGCCGAAGCACAACUUUCUAACAUCACACGUGAAAAGCUCAAGGCCGCCUUCAACUACCAGUUUGACUCCAUUCGUGAGUUGGCCGAGAAAUUUGCCCUUAUCGCCGGUUACGGUAAGGCUCUUCUAGAGUUGCUAGACGAUUCCCCAGUUACUCCUGGUGAGACUAGAUUGGCUUACGACGGCUACGACGCUUCCAGGCAAAUCAUCAUUGACGCUGAGACUGCCUUGGAGGGCUGGACUUUGGACGCUGCUGCUGUCAAGCCCAGUUUGUCCUUUCACCAAACCGUUGACGAUGUCUACGAAGACGAAGUUGAGGGUGAGGAAGAUGCCGCUGCCGCCGAAGAAGAAUGGGCCGGUGAGCACGAUGGUGGUGAGGAAGAAGUCGAAGCAACUCACAGAGUUUAA